AUGGUUUUACACCUAGAAUCCGUAUUUUAUAUUCGUAAGAUUUCUUCUGAUUUCGCCAUGUAUAAUCAGCUAAUAUCUUGCCUUCCUCAGAGGAUAUCCUCGCAGGUGAGGGACAUCAUACUUUGCCUUCCUCUAGUAUUGAAAUACGAGACUCUUAAACAGGCUAUCAUUCAGCGAAUCACGCCUUCUGACAAGGUCCGUCUGCAGCAACUAUUUAGUGAUCUGCAGCUAGGAGAUAGGAGGCCCUCAGCCUUGUUGCGCGAAAUGCAACAGCUCAUAGGCACGUCCAACAUAGGCGUAGGGAUUCUCCUCGAGCUGUGGAUGGAACGCCUUCCUGCAAGCACUCAGGCUAUCCUUACAGUAGCAAGUGACUUGCCCAUCACGGCAAUUGCAGAUCUAGCAGACCGCGUCAUCGAACGGCACAAGCCAGAGACUGAAACCAAAUCACCUAAGCAGCUUUGCGCUGGCGCAACCACAACGACAGGCGCGACUAGCCAGCCGUCGGUAAUAGGC